AUGAGAACUGACGUGCUAGGUGCCCUUAAAGGCUACAAAAGCAAGCGUAAGCAGCAGAUUUCAGAAAAUCGCAAGUCUUUCAAGAAGCGGUCUGGCAGUGUGUUUGACUGCGACGAUCUGUUUUCCUCGAAGGAGCUACAACGCAUAUUUGGGGGUUCAAGAAAAAUUCAGGCGUGUUCAACGCCAAUUAGUGGGAAAAGGUUUGAUUUUGAGACAUCGUCGGGUAUUUGGGGGAAGGAGGUGUCUGGCAAGUGUGACCAAGAUGGCUCUAAGGAGGCGAAUCUUAUGCUUAAGGAGGCUGUCAAAGCGAGGUCCCCAACAAAGGUCACCAAGCUAUCGAAAGAAGAGAUGAAGGAGAAUUUACGAAAGCCAACUACCUCAGUCCCGGAGUCCAAGCUCAAAAAAGGCAAGCAGAAGGGUUCACUGAAAACACAGCACAAGGAAAGCAAACGGACAAAUAAUCCACCCACCCAACAGAAUCAAGAUCCCAAAGCAUCCAAACAAAAUUCUCUCAAAAAUCCAGCUCAGCAAAUAUCCAAACCACCGCCUCCCAAUGCCCCUACAAAGUCUCCACCAAUUGCUGCAAAACGGUUCGCGUUGGACCAACAAGUGCUCAGUACACCCCAACCACCAGCAAAAGCCUCCAAUUUCAACUCUGUCGAAACACUCAGAAUCAAAGCCCUUUACAACCUGCUCCUUCAAAAAUGCACCCCCGGCCCAGAUCCGCUAACGCUUCUUCCUUACAAAAAGUGCUCCAUCUGA